AUGGGCAACCGCGUCGGCGACGAGGCUCGCCAGCGCAACAGCGUCGCUGUACACAGGAUCUUCGACAGAAACGCCGAUCAGCGUGCCCGCACCGCAGCCCAGCUCCACCGCGACCACGGUGAGUGCGCCACCGUGCGGGCGGCGAGCGAUCGCUACGACGGGUGCGAGUCUACGGGACCGUCGCUUCGUGUGUCCUCUACCUCUGCAGCAGCGCUGGUAGGCACCGUCGGCAGGGACGACAGGGGCGUACGACCGGCGUGGUGCGAUCCCCGCUGUGGCAGACUUCUCUCUCGCUCCUCGCUUGAUGUACCCUUGCACGUCAGCAACCAGAUGAAGCCGGCCGAGCACACCGGCGCCCUGCCUCCUUCGCAUCAACAGCCCCUGCUGGCCGGCACGGCGCUGGCGCAGCAGCCAACGGGUGCAGUGCCACCGGAGGACAUGAAUGGUGCCAGUCGCUCAUGCUUCCUCUUCGAGGUCCAAAAAGCUCAGCACGCUCGCGGCAUUGACACAUCGCUAGCGGACGCGGCGCUGACACCCUGCGAGGCGAGGAAAGCACAGCUGAGGGCGUAUCAUCACCAGCAGGCCGUGCUGCGCUACGAGCGAACGAUUCCACGUCGGCGUGUGGUUGAUCCGUACGUGCAUCUCACCGGCGCGCAGGCGGAUGUGUGCUUGGUGGCGCCGAACACGUACACAGCGGAUCGACUCGUAGAACGCAACGGCGGACGAUGGGUGCUCGACAAUCCGCACCGCCAGCAGCUUUACAAAGGUGAGCCGAUCAUGACGCGCAUCAUGCAGGGCGAGUUCUACAGCGAGGGCGCGGCGCGCCGCGCUGCAGGAGUGCCGCGCCAUUGCGUGUUGGCAAAAAACCGCCGCGAUGUGCGUGUGGCGAGUGAGAUAAACCGGGCAGAACGGCAGCGGCGUCAGUCACCCUCGCGCCACUGCGUCUGCUCCAAGUAG